ACAGAUCAGCUGGACAGAAAAAGGCAAUGACAACCAUGUCUGCAGGGAGCUAUGCAAGUUUUUCGUAUCUUACAUGCUGCUUGUAGGCAGAGCAUGGGACCUGCUCCAGACCUAAAUUAGGAGAAAAAAUGCAUUCAGAAUUAUAUCUUCCUGUCAUAAGGGACCACUGUGAUGUCUGGUCUGAAUUUUGUGUGAUGCAAGCCAGGGAAUUACCAUGUACUAAUUUCAGUUUGGAUCAAUCUAGAUCUUACUGGUAGAAGUAUUUGAGUUUUGUUUCUGAAGCUGCCAAGGACAGACAUUUUAUCUUAGAUCUAACUAACUGUGUUUAGGACACUUAAUUAGUCCUUUCCCAGUAAAAAGCUGUCCUCUUAAUUUUGUUAACAGGUUCUUGCCCAAACAUGCACUUGCAACUUCCCAGCUACCUAGGAGUAGUCUGUUUGACUAAUUAACAUAAUAGCAUAGAAGAACACUAAUUGCAACUGCUUAAUAGCUUAUUAGUACUUGCUGCCCUCUCUAAAGGAAUGCAAAAGAUUUCUAACCCUGUUUUUCUAGGAGAAUAAAGUUAGGCUAAAGGAGAAAAUGUAUGUUGCUCAGGAUUCUGAACUAAACAGUGCUUGGUCCAGGACCCUCAGAAGAGUAUUGAGGGUUCAAAAUAAAGAGUGAAAACUUAAUGAAAAAUUUAGAACAGAAUUCUGAAGUUGGUGCAAAAUUAAAAAGUCAAAAUGAAGGUUUAAAAAAAAUCAUAUGUACAACCUUGGGACCAGUCUGUUGCAAACAUCCCCAAAUUUCUUCUGCCACCAUCCUAACUCUUUGGAGUAAGGAGGAUCUUUUAUGCAAGUCUGAGUGCUGCCCAGAGCUCCUGUAGGGAGAGUAGUGUGUGCUCUGAUAUGUGAGGACUAGGAAGUAAAUGUGGUGAUGGGUGACUUCAGCCAGGAAAAGUGGGACUUUGUUUUCCUUUGAACUUACCCCAGGCUAGAAGGAGGCUGCACCCUCUGCUGGACACACCUCCUGUGCAUUGUGACUGUAAAUGCAGACAUCUUGUUUGUGCGGACAGCCAUUUGAUCUGGAGCGUGCAACAGAUUUCUGGUCCGUCAUUGCACACACUGUCUGCAUUCCAUGGUGGUUCUCUGCAUACAGCUUCAGCUCUAUGUGUUGUGAAAACCUCACUUGUUUUGUGGACUACGUACAGACCCUGUCCUGUAUCCUACGAAAUGAGUUGGGUUUCGGUUCAUACAAUCUCACUGCAACAUGGGUUCCUGAGGAAGAUCCAGAAAAUACUGUGGCUGCCUGCAGUCUCCUGCAAUUGUCAAGGAACACCAGUCACACACAGUACAUGUGCACUGUGGACAUGACUGAACUCCUGGCAGAUACCAAAGUCCAGGUGGAUGUUACAGAGAUAGCUGAUAGGCAGCAUGUGCUUUCCAAAGACUUUUAUUUGUCAGACAACAUCAAACCACAGCCUCCAUUCAACCUGACCGCUUUGUUCUCAGAGGGUUACAAUAUUUCUUGGGAAACCAUCUACCAGAACUCUUCCUACUACUUUUUGAAUGAGGAGCUGGAAUAUCAGCUGCGUUACAAAAGAAGAACUGACACCUGGGAGACUCAGAAGACUAAAGCUGUUCAUGAAGAUAAGCGGACAUUGGUGCUCCUGCCAUGGGAACUACAGGCGAACACUGAGUACGAGUUCCAAGUGAGAGCUAGACCCCGGGAAGACAGUGGCUAUGGUGGUUUUUGGAGUGAAUGGAGUUCUCCGCUGUCACUGAAAACCAGCCCUGCCGCAGUGACACAGACAGCAGGCAUGGAAUGGCUGUUGCUGUUUGGUAUUGUUGUGGCAAUCAUGGCCUCAAUCACAACCUUUCUGGUCAAACAGCAGAGCUUGUGGAAGAAGAUGGCUUGCAUCCCAGACCCUGCUCCCUUUUUCAAACCUCUUUAUGUGGCUCAUAAUGGAGAUUUUAAGAAGUGGGUUGGUGCAUCCCAUAUGAAAAUGACCUUUGAUUUCUUUGAAUGGGGAAUAGUCCUUCCAGAAGUCCUAGAAGUUUACACGAUGCAUCCUUCCAACAGCACCCCACAGGAAGAGCUGCAUGAGCUGAGAAAGAAUCUGCCUUGCAAGCCCUCUGUGUCUUGCCUGACUGUCCCAGGUCAAGAUAGCCAGUCCCUGUGGUGUAGUGUAAACAGUAGUGGUGGGACUGAGGACCAGUCAUAUGGGCACUUGUCAAUUGAUACAGUGACUGUGGCUGAUGAAUUUACAUCUUGUAACUGCCAGUGCAGCUGUAACCAUGUGUACAGGGAACAUGAGCAUACCAACAAGGAAGAUGAUAGUGCUGGAGAACCUGCUUACCCCAAGGUUAACAUUGAUGAGGAAGACAGAAGGAUAUCCAGUGACUUGCAUUUGGCCGAUCUGAGCACACAGGACAAAAUACUUGCUUCAGGCUCUGUGUCCACAGACCACCUGAGGAGCACAAGUGUCCCAGUCAACCAGCAAGGAGAAAGGGGAGUGGAAGGAGGGGUGGGGAGCAUCCUAGAAGCCCUUUGCUUGCAGCCUCAUCAGUGGGAUUUGGAAAAUUCAGGUUCUCUACCUUCUCCUGAUGGUGAAAGUGUUUCUUACAGUGAAGGCUCCUAUGACUUCUUCCCUCACAAUACAAGGCCUGGUGAUAGUUACCCUUUGAUCUGUGUAGAUUUGGACACUAUUGACAGUGGCUUUGUGGACUCAGACUGUGGAAGUCCAGUUGACUGUGAAUUUGGGCAAAACAGUCAGACCAUUUGUGGUCCCAUCCCUCUUGAGCAGGAGGGACAAGACUUUCCGCGGAGCUACGUCAAGCAGUGGGUCUCCUGUCGCUCUGACAGCCCUGUCAGUGGGACAGAGACAAACUAAAGCCUUUGAUGUUGCCUGGAGGAGUGUGGGGCCUUUUCCAUAGUGUGCCAGGAGCAAAGUGUUAGCAAAAUUCAGAAGAGAAACAAAGUUUACUUUGUGUAAUCUCUAUUGCACAAACUGAAACCUGUUAAGUCCACAGAAAUAUGCCUAUUUCUAUUGCCACUUAUCCUAUUAAUGUCUCAAAUUUGUUGUGAUUGAUUGUUCCUGGGUUUUGCUGGGGUUUGAGGAUUUUAGAAUCAUAGAUCAACCCUCCUUUAUAAUGUCAGAAAAAAACCCCAACUGUACCUUGAAAAUUAUUCUUUGGCUUAUGUAGAUGUGCAAAAUUUUUUGCAGUAACCUUAUAAAGAGUACAGAACUUUAGGUUAUUUUCCCUGGUAUUCUCACAUGACUUGAGAGUUUGGCUGUGCAUGGAACCUUAGAAACAUAACCCAUGGCAAGCAUGUUUGCUACAUUAAAGUUCCCCUACCCUUUCCAAGCAACAUGUGAUGUUACUUUUCCUUCUACUGUCUUAGGCUCUUUAAACUCAGCUGUAGUAGUUUGUUAAUUACAGAGGAUUCCACACAUGUCCAUGGGGAUCAAAACCAAUUUUUAUGUAAUCACCACAGAAAUGUGUGUGCUGGAGACCAAGCACAACUCAGGUUUCAGAAGGACUUUGCCUUUCCAGGUGGAGUCUGCAAAUGAAAAGUCUUCAAAACAUAAAAAAUUCUAAACAAACUCUCGCUAUUAGGCUUUUCUAUUGAGUCAGAUUCUCUCCCUGCACUUUUCAAGCAUAUUAAUUUAGCUGCUUUUAGAGUUAUGCCAAAAUUACUGAAAUGUUGUCCUACCUAGAUAUGCCUGCUACUUCUGCCUUGGACUUGCUCUGCUGCAGUUAACAGGUCAGUAACACGAAUUUUGAGCAAUUUCUGCUAGCUAAUAAAGCCAGAUAUGAAACUGCA